AGCCUCGGCCGCCGCCCUCAGCGCAAGUGGGAGGUGUUCCCGGGCCGCAACCGCUUCUACUGCGGCGGCCGCCUCAUGCUGGCCGGCCACGGCGGCGUCUUCGCGCUCACGCUGCUGCUCAUCCUCACCACCACCGUCCUCUUCUUCGUCUUCGACUGUCCCUUCCUGGCCAGCAGGCUGACCCUCGCCAUCCCCAUCAUUGCCGCCAUCCUCCUCUUCUUCGUCAUGAGCUGCCUGCUGCAGACGAGUUUCACUGACCCUGGGAUCCUGCCCCGGGCCACUGUCUGUGAGGCAGCCGCCCUGGAGAAACAGAUCGACAACACAGGCAGUUCCACGUACCGGCCACCCCCUCGGACUCGGGAGGUGAUGAUCAACGGGCAGAUGGUGAAGCUGAAGUACUGCUUCACCUGCAAGAUGUUUCGGCCGCCCCGGACCUCACACUGCAGUGUCUGCGACAACUGUGUGGAACGGUUUGACCAUCACUGCCCCUGGGUGGGAAACUGUGUGGGGAGACGGAACUACCGCUUCUUCUACGCAUUUAUUCUCUCCCUCUCAUUCCUGACGACCUUCAUUUUCGCCUGUGUGGUCACCCACCUGACGUUGCGCUCUCAGGGAAGCAACUUCCUCUCCACUCUGAAGGAGACACCAGCGAGUGUGCUGGAGUUGGUGAUCUGCUUCUUCUCCAUCUGGUCCAUCCUGGGCCUCUCAGGGUUUCAUACGUACCUCGUCGCCUCCAACCUGACCACGAAUGAAGACAUCAAAGGCUCGUGGUCCAGCAAGAGGGGUGGCGAGGCCUCCGUCAACCCCUACAGCCAUAAAAGUGUUAUCACCAACUGCUGUGCUGUGCUCUGUGGCCCCCUACCUCCCAGCCUGAUCGACAGGAGAGGAUUUGUUCAGUCUGACACCGUGCUGCCCUCACCCAUCAGAAGUGAUGAGCCAGCCUGUGGAGCCAAGCCCGAUGCCAGCAUGGUAGGAGGCCGACCUUGAAUGGGGCUCAGUACUUGCCACCUGCUGGCCUGUCUGUCCUUCUGCACUCACCUGCUGCCCUGUACACCUUCUGGGACCCUCCCCAUUCCACCUGAGGGACGCAGAGCUGCCAAAGACUCAAAUCUUUUCGUAUUUAUUUCCCACCCUGCGUGGCUUUCCCCAAACUGCUCCAUGGCUGUACCUUUUGCUUCCCAAACCCAGCUGAUCCAUGGCAGGGAUGACAAGAGAGGCCAGAGCCUCUGGAAGCCACCAAGGGGACCAUGCCUGGUCUCUGCCUGUGCCAGGAUGAGCCCUGUGUGAGUGAAGGUGUGAGUUGAGCAUGAGGCCACCCAGUUGAGAGAGCUCCUGGGGCCUUGCUAAGCCAGGUCCUCGGGGCAAAAGGUGGGACCAAUGAGCAGUCAGCUCUGGACAAUGGACUGGGCUGUGGGAGUGGAACCCUCCAAGCCUCCAUGGGCUGCUUUGGUGUGUGGGCUCCUUCAUUCUUUUUGUGAUACAUAUAUAUAUAUUUUUUUGUAUUCAGUUGGCCAAUAAGAUAGAGCUGGGGUUCUAGGUAGAGGGUAGAGUUGGGAGUGGGAGGGCAGGCAAUCUAUGUCAGAGGAAGCCAAACCAGUCAGCCAGCCAGGCACCCAAAUCUUCAGCUCCUUUACAGUUCCUAGGCAGUACACUAGGAAGGGGACCUUGCCCUCCCCCUGCCUAUGGAGGGCUCUCCAAGGGAUCCUAGCCGGCCCACCCCACCUCCCUCCUGAGUCACAUCUGGGGAUGGGCAGGUUAUGAUCAUGCUGGCAAUACUUGAAACGGGUUUAUUAAUGCUGGAUGUUUUGCACAAUUUUAUAGACCUCUUUUCUACAUAGCAUUUUUUAAAUGGAAAGAAGGAGAAAAAAAAAAAAGUCAGCCA